GCCCAGUGCAAAAACAGUCUGGCCCAGUACAGAAUUAAUAUAGCUCAGUGCAAAAAAUCAGUCCAUUGCUAAUCUAAAGAAAAAAGAAGAGAUUUUUAGCCCCCGAACAUCGGUCGUCCUGGCUACGCCCCUGCUCAAAGAACUUUCAAGAUCAAGUCAAACCAUUUCAAGAACCAAACUACUCCAUGCCAUAAUUCUCAAGACCCUUCCGUCUGACCCUUUUUAUGCUACAAGAAUCAUCAGAUACUAUGCGCUCCAUGAUGACGUCAUCUCUGCCCGCCACCUGUUCGAUGAAACUCCCAAGGGAAGUAUUUUCCUAUGGAACUCGAUUAUUCGUGCUUAUGCGAGAAGCCACUGGUUUUCCAGUGCAAUGGAGCUGUUCAAAGAUAUGAUGUGCUCGGAAACGAGGCCAGAUAACUUCACAUUUGCCUGCAUUUUACGGGCCUUCUCCGACAAGUUCGAUUUCAGUGGGUUGAGAGUUGUUCAUGGAGGACUGGUCGUUUCAGGCUUGGAAUUGGAUUCCAUUUGUAGUAGUCAACUUGUCAGUGCAUAUUCCAAGUUGGGUUGCUUGGAGGAGGCCAUCAAGGUGUUUAAUGGGAUAGCCGAGCCAGAUCUAGUGCAUUGGAAUUCAAUGAUUUCGGGGCAUGGAUGCAUUGGGGAUUGGAAAAAGGGCCUUCAGCUUUUCAUUAAGAUGCAGAGAAUGGGAAAACAGCCUGAUGCGUAUACAUUCGUUGGCCUGGCUUCAGGUUUGGAUUCACCCAGUUUGCUCAGAAUAGGAGAAAACGUUCACAGCAUGUGUUUAAAAACUGGUUUUCAUUCAAAUGCUCAUAUGGGUAGUCUUCUGGUGAGUAUGUAUUCGAGAUGUAACUGUAUGAAUUCAGCUUGUAGGAUCUUUGAAUGUUUACUAGAGCCUGACAUGGUUACUUGGUCUGCAAUGAUAUGUGGCCUAUGUGAAGCAGGGGAUAUUAGGAAAGCAUUGGAUUUCUUCAGGAAAAUGAAUACAAAAGGCAGAAAAGGCGAUCAUUUAUUGAUCGCUAGUGGGCUCUCUGCUGCAUCUCAAUUAGCGAUAGUCCGGCCUGGUAGGGAGAUGCAUGGUUAUGCUUUUCGCCAUUUCUGCCAUGUGACGAUUUUGGUAUCUUCUGCUCUAAUUGACAUGUAUUCUAAAUGUGGGUUCUUGAUGUUGGCUAUACAAGUGUUCAGAACCAUGCCAAUUAAGAACAUCAUUGCAUAUAAUUCAAUGAUUUCAAGCCUUGGUUUACACGGAAAACCAUAUGAGGCUUUUCUAAUUUUUGAGGAGGUUUUGGAGAAUUGUGAGUGCACUAAACCGGAUGAAGCAACUUUAUCUGCUCUUCUUUGUGCUUGCUGCCAUGCCGGUCUUGUAAAUGAGGGAAGGAGAUAUUUCAGGACAAUGAGGGAGAAAUUCGGCAUUCAAGCUCAAACCCAACAUUAUGUUUAUAUGGUAAAGCUUCUUGGGAUGGAUGGAGAGUUGGAAGAAGCAUAUAAACUUAUCCAAUCUAUUCAAGAACCUGUGGAUUUUGGCAUUUGGGGGGCACUAUUGUCAUGCUGUGAAGCUCAUGGAAACUACAGACUGGGAGAGAUUGCAGCUCAGCAUCUCUUUGAAAAUAAGCUGCAGAAAAGUAGUUAUGGGGUAAUGGUAUCCAAUAUGUACGCCAGAGAUGGGAGAUGGGAGGAUGUAAAGAAGGUGAGGGUUGAUAGGGAAGCUGUAAAUGGAAAGAUUCCAGGCAAGAGUUGGAUUAGUAAUAGGAAAAAAUAAUGAGGUGUAUCAUGCAACAAGAACAACAUGCAGUCAGAAGUGAUGUUAGAUAUAACCUCUAUUCUUUUCAUUACGUACCGUUCUGUGAUGUGGUAUCCGUCUUAUAAACCUUAUAGAUGGGUUCCACUAUUGUUUCAAUCCGUAGCAUAAUAGGCAUUACACUAUAGUUUUCGUCAAUCAACUUCAUUGUUAUGUAUAGCUUGAGUGUAUGACGUACAUGUGUAAACUUCCACCUACUUAGUGGUGGUUGAGGUUUUUUUUUGUUUUGUUCAUGCAUGCAGGAUAGAUGGGAGAGUCACUGUCAUUUCACAUUUAUUUUUGCAGAUGACCACCUCAUUUUCAUUAAAUCAAAUGUCCAUGUCAAACACAACCUUACAGUGUAUGAUGAAGCCGCUUAGGUAAAAA